AUGAAGAUGUGUAGUCUUCAGAGCGCUCACAGUGGCGGGUGGCGGGCGGCCAGCGCCGGGUCGUGGUUACAGUCGGUUCUCUUGGUGUCUGUGCUAUCUGUGGCGGUGCACGUGGUGGCGGGUGGAUCCAGACUGCUGCUGGGGCUCCAGGCCCCGUGGAACGCCUCGCACCCCUUCAGUGCCCUCAGGCUGGGCUCGGCCGUGCAGAUCGCCCUGGACAGGGUGAACUCAAACCCGGCUUCCCUCGGCAACCUCACCCUGGAUUACGUGUACGCAGACUCCGACUGCGAUGCCAAGACGUCCCUCGCCAUCUUCAUCGACCAGGUGUGGAAGGAGAACAUCUCUGCCCUCUUCGGCCCCAUCUGCCCCGAAGAGGCUGAGGUUACUGGUCUCAUGGCUUCCAAAUGGAACAUCCCAAUGUUUGGCUUUGUGGGGACAACUCUAAAACUGGAAAACUCUGCUGUGUAUGACACAUAUGUCAACCUAGUUCCCCCUCUCAAAAGAAUUGGAGAGGUCCUGAUUAAAACACUGGAGUUCUUCCAGUGGAACUAUGUGGCCAUGAUUGGGGGAAGGUCAGAUUCAAACAACUGGGACAAGCUUGACGAGACCUGGAGGUUUCUGGAGAGUCUGCUCAGAGCCAGGCUCAACGUGACAGCCAGCGUCAAGUUUGACACCAGCAAGCCUGACCUUGUCCGUGAAAAUGUGGCGUUCAUCUCCACAGCUGCCAGAAUUAUCGUUGUGCUCAGCAGCACUGCGGACGCCACCACACUGAUGCUGGAGGCUGAGAAGCAGCACUUGACGAAUGGAGAGUAUGUCUUUUUCAUUGUUCAGCAGUUUGAGGUCAGUGGCACUGUGGAUAAUAUCUGGAAAUAUGCGUUUAGUGACCAGAGGAACCAUACUGCCCUAAAGGCCUUUCACAUGGCCUUUGUGCUUGCCCAGAAAUCCUAUGAUGGCUACGACUACUACGACUUCUUUCAGCAAGUCUAUGAAAGGCUGAAAGGGGCGCCGUUUUACAGCAAUCUGUCCUCAGACAGAGAGGUCAGCCUGUACGCAGCCUACCUCCACGACGCUGUGCUGCUGUACGCCAUGGGCCUGCAGGAAGUGGUGAAAGAUGGCAAUGACCCCCGUGAUGGACAAGAGCUGCUCCGGUUCCUGAGAGACAAGAACAAGAUCAGGUUCUAUGGGGCCACAGGGCUGGUGCAUUUCAACGCGGCGGGAGAGAGGAACGUGGACUACUCCAUUUACAACCUGCAGACCUCAGAAGGCCACUCCAAGUUCGUCCCCAUACUGCACUUUGAAAGUCACACGAAAAUGCUGAGGCCCACCACCAAGUUCCACUUUGUGAUCUGGCCAAAGGGGAAGCCCCCAACAGAUAAACCAACCUGUGGAUUUAACAACGAACUGUGUGAAUGGCUGAACCAGGACAUGUCUCUGGUCGUCCUGUUGGUCGCGCUGCCCAUGAUGGCGCUAUCUGCCCUCGUCUUUAUUAGCUUGCUCACCUUGCAAAAGCUCAAACUGCAGAGCCGACUCGACAGCGCCAAUUGGUGGCGAAUCAACUACAAUGACAUCACCAUCAUCAAAGAGCCAAAGGGGACGCAGGCGCUGUCUCUCAGCACGGGCGCCAGCACGUACCGGAGCCGAAGCAGCGGGUCCCAGACCAUCGCCUCGGUCAACAGCUACGGUCUGAGGGAUAACAUGGGUCGGGAGCACAUCUACAGCACCAUCGGCCUGUACCAGGGAAAUCACGUAGCCGUCAAGUACAUCGAGAGACAGAUUAUCAGCGACACCAAGAAGCCUUCGAUUCUUCAAGAAUUUCAACUGAUGCGAGAGUUGAAGCAUGAAAAUUUAGUUCAGUUUUUUGGGGUUUGCAUUGAGCCCCCCAACAUCUGCAUCAUCACGCAGUACUGCAGGAAAGGAAGCCUAAAGGAUGUUUUGCGAAACUCUGACAUUGAUCUGGACUGGAUGUUUAAGCUGUCCUUUGCCUAUGACAUUGUCAAUGGUAUGGAGUUUAUUCACAAGAGUAACCUGAAGUCUCAUGGCAACCUGAAGACAACCACCUGCCUGGUGGACAGUCGUCUGCAGGUCAAACUGUCGGGGUUUGGACUGUGGGAGUUCCGUCACGGAACCAAACACAGAGUGAUUCCUCUGGAAAACCCAAAAUACGAAGAGAUGUACUGGAUCGCUCCAGAGCUGCUCAGACAGGUUCAGUGCCCGUUCAAUGGCUCUCCUAAAGGAGACGUGUACAGCUUUGCCAUCAUAAUGCGGGAGCUUAUCUACAACUGUGAGGUGGGACCAUACCACGAUGUCCAGAUGGAGCCCAGAGAGAUCAUCGAGGCGAUCAGGAACCCGGGUUCGGGGCCUCCUCUCCGCCCCUCCCUGACCACUCAUGCGUGUAACGAGGGCCUGGUGGCCCUGCUGAGGGCCUGCUGGAGUGAGAACCCCGACCAGAGACCCCCCUUCGCCUCCAUUCGCCGCCGCCUGCGGGAGACCAGCCCAGAGAGUCACAUUAAUAUUCUCGACAACAUGGUGAACAAGCUGGAGAAGUAUGCCAAUCACCUGGAGGAAGUGGUGGAGGAGCGAACCAAUCAGCUGACAGCAGAGAAAGCCAGAGCAGACAAGCUCCUGUCCAGCAUGUUGCCAGGGUACAUCGCAGAGCAGUUGAUGGCGGGGAAGUCUGUGGAGCCCAGAAGUUACGAUCUGGUGACCAUCUUCUUUUCGGACAUCGUGGGCUUCACCACCAUGUGUUCCAUCAGCUCUGCCCUGGAGGUGGUGACGCUCCUCAAUGACCUCUACAGCCUGUUUGAUGAGAUCAUCAAACUGUACGAUGUCUACAAGGUGGAGACGAUUGGAGAUGCCUACAUGGUGGCCAGUGGUCUGCCCAUCAGCAACGGCACCAAGCAUGCUGAGGAGAUUGCCACCAUGGCCCUGCACUUCCUGGGUGCCAUCACCACCUUCAAAAUCAGGCAUCUGCCAAACGAAAGACUGGCACUCCGCAUCGGGAUUAACUCAGGGCCAGUGGUGGCGGGCGUGGUUGGCACCACCAUGCCCAGGUACUGCUUGUUCGGCGACACCGUCAACACCGCGUCCAGGAUGGAGAGCAACAGCCUGCCCCUGAAGAUCCACAUCUCUCAGAGCACAGCUGAUGUCCUGAUGGAGAUUGGCACUUUUGAGCUGGAACAAAGAGGAGAGAUCGAAAUGAAGGGGAAAGGUAUCCAGAAGACCUACUGGCUGAAGGGAAAAGAGGGGUUUAGGAUGCCUCCUCUGGAGCACAGCUCCCCUGCUGGUCAGUUUCACAAACCACAAGGAGAGGAGAAGAAGAAGCUCCCUGUCACCAAAGGAUCCGAGGACAGAGAGAGGGGCAGAGCACAGAGAAUGAUGACAGCUGGAGCCAAUGAGAUGACAGCACUCGUGGUUCCGCCCCCAGAGAGACUAUAG